CUCUUCCAGUCUCAGCUAUAAAUAAGCAAACGAAACGUUUCGCCCAAAUGAUCGGCUUUUCGCAAAUCCAGACACAAAGCUAGUCAACUUCUUCCUCGUUUUCUCUCUCCUCUCGAACACCUCACUUGCUUCAAUUAGGGUUUCCGAAAUUCUCGAUUAAAUAUGAAACCAAGAGAUAUGAGCGUUUAUGAUUUCACGGAAGAUGACGAAUUGACCGAAACUCUUCAGCAAUGGUCUAGUCUUUCAAACCCUAAGAUCGAUAAUGAUGUUGCGCUGACAAAGUACCAAUUCCUCCAACACACUUCUUCUGGACCAAUUACUCAGAUAAAAGAGAUUGAUACUCUGAAACAAAUUCACGUUGUCUCUAUUGAUGAUGAUGAUCGUGGUCUCGUCAAUGAUGUUUCGGAUAGGCCUCAAGAGUCACCUGAUAAGGUUGCUUCCAAACAACCAGCAGAGUUUGGUGCUACAUCAGACACAAUUUUGCAGCAGGCCUGUCAUCACAGUGGAGAUAGUGUAAAUUCCAAAAGUUCUUCCGACAUGGAGAUCAGAAUGCCUUAUUCCUUAAGAGUACCACCUGAAAACGGUCAUAUGACUCAUAUCAGUCCCACCGUCUCAGAAUCUCCAUGCAGUAAUGGUUCAGUUGAUACUGGAGAUUCAGAUGAUUGUGAUAGUGUUCACGAGAGCUCUCCAUCCACUCCUGGUUCUGAGCAGGAAGAGAUUAUUGUUUCAAUGGAUGGACUCACUCAGGAGCAGUUAGUUAGUGGUUUGGAUAUGGAGGAAAUGGAUACCUCUUUUGUUGUCGAUUAUGUCAUAUACGAUGAUAAAUAUUUUCCAGCGUGCAUGAUAUCGUUUUUCGAAACUUCCUUUAAAAUUGAGAUGCCGGCUUUGGAAGAGGAGCAUGGAGCAUCUACUGUUGAAUGGAACAUCGAUGAUAUUCAUGGUAUUGAGUCGCAGUGGAUUAGCAGGGUUUACACAGCAAAAGUGAAAGUCCGUCUUUUGACAAAUAAUGCAGUGCAAGAAAAUGAAUGCGGCACAAAAGGCAUUGAAGUGUUGGAGUUUUUGGUUCAUGAUCCUGAUUGGCUAGCGAGGCAAGAGUGGAUCAUUGCACUAAAUGUGAAGUAUCAGGCUGUCUGGAGUAUCGGGCUGGAUGGUAAACUUUGUGAAGAAGGUCCACUUCCUUCAGAGAAUUGUGAGUCUUCUUUAGAUCCUUACCUUCCCAAUUUUGAGGAACCUUUUGAUGAAGUUGUCUACCCCAAAGGUGAUGCAGAUGCUGUGUCAAUUAGUAAAAGGGAUGUGGAUUUAUUGGAGCCUGAUAUUUUUCUUAACGAUACAAUUAUUGACUUCUAUAUGAAAUAUUUGCAGAAUGGAAUUACUUCUUCGGAAAGGGGUAGAUUUCAUUUCUUUAAUAGCUUCUUUUUCCGUAAGCUUGCUGAUCCAGACAAGAAUACUUCUGGUAUAUUUGACGGCAAGGCUGCUUUUCAACGUGUUCGUAAAUGGACGAGGAAAUUGAACUUAUUUGAGAAGGAUUACAUAUUUAUUCCAGUUAAUUACAAUCUUCACUGGAGUUUGAUUGUCAUAUGCCAUCCCGGUGAAGUUGCUAACUUUGAAGAUGAAAAUGUGGAUGAAUAUGUGAAGGUUCCUUGUGUGGUGCACAUGGACUCUAUCAAAGGAAGUCAUGCAGGGUUAAAGGAUCUUGUUCAGAGUUAUCUUUUGGAGGAGUGGAAAGAGAAGCAGAAGGAGACAUCUGAGAAUGUUGCUUCAAAAUUUAUGAACCUGCGGUUUCUUUCACUUGAGCUUCCGCAGCAGGAGAAUUGCUCCGAUUGUGGUCUCUUCCUGCUUCAUUAUGCAGAACUCUUUAUAGCUGAAGCACCUAAAAACUUCAGUCCUUUCCGGAUCAAUAAGUUCGAGAAAUUUCUAAAGCCGGAUUGGUUUCCCCCUGCUGAAGCCUCACUCAAGCGCGUUUAUAUACAAAGAUUGAUCUAUGAACUCCUUGGACGUCCCCUGAAGAAUGCUUCACCUUGCAAUCACGAAUUUCAACCCUCAGCAUUACCAGAAAAUAAUGAGAAUGACAAUGGCAUAGAGAUUGUUUCAGAGAGGAGCCCAGAGAAAUGUUGGAAUUCUUUGCACUCUCAAUCUGUCGGUCUGUUGGAUAUGCCGCUAUAUAGAACUUCGGAGUGCACUAAUGUCUCAGGCUUGGGUAUGACAGAGCUUCUUGAGCAGUGUCAACAAUAUAACCGGGUAGCAUCAUUUGGAGACUCAGGAUGUUCUAUGCCACUAAUCAGGGAGGAAAUAGGGGCUGUUGACCAUCUUGCCCCCUCCACCUUGGGCCAAACUGAACUUCAGCCAAAAGAUGGUGUGGAAGCUGAAGCUUGUCACAUUGCUUAUACACCCUCAGAUUUGAACCAGGGGUUCCAAUGGAACUUGGAAUUGCCUGAUCAAGGGGGUUCAGAAGAUAAGUCAUCCCCUUCCUCAAAUUAUUCUUCUGACGACUCGCAAAUAUUUAUGAUCACUGAGUGUGAGCCGAAAGUCCAAAGGGCUGUUUCUGGUGAAAACAAAUAUUUGGAUCAACCGAAAGAAAAUGUAGAUAGCUUGACAGAAAGCUAUGCUUCUGCUUCUAGUGAUAUGAUGGAGACCCCAGCUGAGGACUCUCAGGAGUUGGCUAAAAUGUAUGGGAGCAAUGAAUUGGAGGAUUUUGAUAAUCCUAAAAGAGAAGAGGCCGAGGAACCAUCUCUUCAAGAAUUCGAAAAAAUUGAAGAUGGAGCUGCUGAAGGCAUUAAUGCGGUGGUUGAGGAUUCUUAUUCGGACUCAGAUGAAGAGCAAGCUACAAAAAGAAUACGGCUUUCACCAGCGGAUGAUGGGGAAAGAGAACUUGUAAAAAACUUGUCCGAGGAACUAGAGGUUUAAGAGACCCCAUCAUAUGCGAAUGUAAAUGUGCAUUGUUAAUCUUUUCUAGGAUCGUUUGGUUUGCCAUGGGGUGUGAAUAUCAUCAGUGCUGUAUCAUGGCGAUGCUAACAGUUAGACAGUCUGAGUAUAUGUCUGGUUCCUUUUUUUGGAUCCAGUAAACCUUCUGACUGGAUAACACGUUCUAUGUAUCAAGAAUCAGGCAUAUUACUAUAUCAGUAUUUACCUCGUUUAAAACUAGGAGUUUUUUUUUUUUUUUUUGUUUAUGACUAAUAAAAUUAGGAGUUAAAUGUGUAAGGUUUUGUAUUGUCAAAGUUGGCUAAUCUUUUUUUAUAGGACAAAGUUGGCUAAUCUCGAGGCUUGGUCAUAAAUACCUGAAAGUAUGUACAUACGGAAUAUAUGACACUAUUAGAUUAAUUUUCGUACUUAAAAAGUUA